AAUAAUCUAAUGUAAAGAAACACUGCGUCAGGGAGAUACAUCAACAACUGUAACCAACUGUUUUUCUUCAGGCGACAGGGACUGUCUUGACCAGAAAUCAUAUUGACAUUCUGGAAUAUUUAUUUUUGCUCAAUGAUAGUGUCUUGUCCCUGCUAGAAGUACCAGAAAAGUCCCCCCCCCCCCCCCCACCCAGCAGCUCACCUCUCCACCUCUGUUCCCUGCCUCUGUGUCUUUGGACCUGGGUGGCCAUGCUGCGGGAGGGGGCCAAGGCCUGGAGCAAUGUCUCGGAGGCCUACAGCAGCGACCCUGAAGAGGAGGAGGAGGAGAACAUGGUAUGUGAGGAAAAUGAGGAUGGAGAGGAAGAGAUGAUGGACCUGAGUGAGCUGCCCACUGCCCUGUUCGCCUGCAGCGUCCACGAGGCCGUGUUCGAGGAGUACCGCCACCGGCUACGAAAGGGAAUGCCAUCAAUAAAUAUGAAACUGGAGUUGGUGACCAUCAUCGCCUGCGAGGUAGACACAGAGGUGUUUACGUCAGACAAGCUGCAGGAGAGGUUCGAGGCCCUGUUCAGGAUCUACGACGAGCAGACGUCCUUCCAGAUGUUUAAGAGCUUCAGGCGAGUCCGCAUCAGUUUCAGCACUCCGGAGGCGGCCGCCCGCGCUCGCAUCGAGCUCCACGAGACCGAGUUCAACGGCAAGCAGCUCAAGCUCUACUUUGCCCAGGUUCAGAAUUCUGGGGAGGAUAUAGACAAGUCGUACCUGGCUCCUCCUGCGCCCGUCAAACAGUUCCUCAUCUCGCCCCCUGCCUCGCCGCCCGUGGGCUGGAGCCAGAGCGAAGACGCCACGCCUGGUAUCAACUAUGACCUGCUGUGUGCGGUGGCCAAGCUGGGCCCAGGGGAGAAGUAUGAACUGCAUGCGGGCACUGAGUCAACCCCCAGCGUUGUGGUUCAUGUGUGCGACAGCGAUGCAGAGGAUGACAACGACGAAGCGCGGCCCAAGCAGAAACAGCAGAUCGUCCAAACCCGGCGCCCCGACGGCCCGUCGCAAGUCCUGAACUAGGACGCUCGUUACAGACCCCAUUCCUACGACCGCAACACACACACGCACCAAGCCCUGUCUUCUCUGUCUCUGCAGUCGCACAGCACAGCAAGGCAACGCCCCUCAUUUCAGUUCAACCCAAAACACACAAACAGCAGACAGUUGGUGGUGUUUGUGGAGGGAGCAUGGCUAUUGGAUGGGAUGAGGCGGCCUGUAUGGACGAUGGAGGAUGGAUGAGAUUUACACACACUCAUCACACUCAAAGGAAAGGGAGGGGGGGGGGUGCCUAACUCUUGACCCCUGACCUCGGAUCAGCCAGGGGCGGGUAUGUAACACCUUGUCCUCCUAAAGCAGGCACCCUGUCAUAGAUUAUACACUCAGCUCUCAUCUGUAGUAGUUCCUCUCUAGUAGUACUUAUUUCCUUCCUGCUUACUGUCACUGGUUAGUUGUGUCGCGCAGUGGUCUUUCGGGGACAUGCAAUACCUCUAACAAGGUUUUUGAGUUUCUUUACUUUUUUUAUAUAAAUUUGUUCUUCUGAUUGUUAGUCUGUUCUUCUUCUGCUAUUUAUGAUAUCAGCUGAUUGGUUGUUUCUGCUAACACAGAAUGAGGAUGACUGUCUGGUAUUCCUCUUCUUGUCUUCAUGUAUAUAUAAGAACAUACUCCUACAGAGACUCAAAUACUAAACUGUUGUAUAAAGCAAAGGAACCUACGGAGGUCACACUACAUAGCAACAGGUGGCCAUGUGGUAACAUCAAAGUUAUGGUGGUGUUUGCAUUUUAUUUACAUUUUGGGGAGGGUCUGCUUAUGUCCUUUUAAUCAGAGAGGUGUCUAUUGAAGUGUUGCUGAACUAGGUGUGCAUUCUUCUUAAAAUGUAUUUGAUACCACAAACAAUUGUUUUUUUGCAUGCUUACUAACGUAGUCGGGAGCUGAGGCAUUUUAUACUGGUCAAGACGACAGGGAAAUGGAAUGACGCUUUUGACGACACGCAUAUCUCUAGUUUUAUAGUGUCAGGUGUGAGGGGGGAGGCUGGCUGAGUGAGUGAAAAGACAGAGUGAAUGAGACCUUUACAGUGUGAGUAAAAGCCUAAGAAUUGGGCUUUAGGAUAGGAGUAACGCCUAAGAGUUGGGCUUUAGGAUAGGAGUAACGCCUAAGAGUUGGGCUUUAGGAUAGAAGUAGAGGCUAAGACUAAUCUCCUACAGGAGUGUUGACAUUUUCGGAGGGCAUUUAUGUUUAUUCCAUCUUUCCGGUAAUGUUUUGGGGUCUUGUUAUGAUAUCAACACAGCUGUCUUCUUCUCAGACCUAUAUGGCUUGUUUUACACUGAGAAUCUCUCUAUCUCUGGAGCUAUACUAAAGGAAUGUCCUGACUUUCCUCUGUCAGCUCUUAAAAGUUGAAGACUGCUUCUUAGUUCUUGCUGUAAAUAGCUCAAUAGUCAGUAGGUGGAAAUAGUCCAUUAGGUUUUAAUGAUUGACAUUAAGCGUUGCUGAGAAAUUGAAAAAGUUUAAUUAGCCACCCAGCCUCUGGAGAUAGCAACCAAUGCCUUCAUCUCACAUUGCAGUCACAGCACAAACCUUUGGAAACUAAAGAGAAAGUUUUUAAAAAUGUUAUUAAAAAUGAGUUUUAUUGUCACAUGAAAUGUGUUUUACAGGGUCAGCCAUAGUAGUACAGCGCCCCUAGAGCAAAUUACUCCAAUUUGGAAUACUGCUGCAUUAACAGUUGUUUAUUUGCUCACAACAAGUUUUUUUCCAACUCCCAAAUAAAAUUAAGAAUUAAUUAAUUAAGUGUGCUUUUAGUCAUUCAUUUUAAUCCUAAAUAUCUAAAUUUAAGAGUAACUUUUACCAGAAUGAUAGACGUUUCUCCUGACCAUGCACUUUGAAUAACAACAAGCAUAACAUGUCAACUAUAAUGUCAUGUGUCUGUUAUUACAAUGAUUUGAUGCCAUAAAAAGUCCCUCAUGUUUUAGUUUUUUCACAAACAUUCUCCAUAUAGUGAGUCUGUUGUAUACAGACAAUUCCAUGUAGUCUGUUGUAUACAGCAUUUUCCAUGUAAGAGUCAAUGAUUUCAUUCCCAACCUGAAAAGGUGUUUUGAAACCAGUGUUUUUUUUUCAUUCCAAAAUAAAAGCCCAACCGUUGAGGGGGAGUGUUCCGGUGGGCCUCGGCGGUUAACCUAAACCUUUUCCGUGUUUCCGUGCAUGAAAAAUGACAGAUAUUUUUGCUCAUAUUAGUAAACAAAAGAUGGUCUGUCUGCAUGCGAGCACUUUAUUGUCAGCAGUCUUUUUUCUUCUCAUUGUAGAGUCAGUCUUUUUUCUUCUCACUGUAAAGGCAGUCUUUUUUCUUCUCACUGUAAAUGCAGCCUUUUUCUUCUCACUGUAAAGGAAGUCUUUUUCUUCUCACUGUAAAGGCAGUCUUUUUUCUUCUCACUAUAAAGGCAGUCUUUUUUUCUCACUGGAAAGGCAGUCUUUUUUCUUCUCACUGUAAAGGCAGUCUUUUUUAUUUUCACUGUAGAGGCAGUCUUUCUUCUCAUUGUAAAGGCAGUCUUUUUCUUCUCAUUGUAAAGGCAGUCUUUUUCUUCUCAUUGUAGAGGCAGUCUUUUUUAUUUUCACUGUAAAGGCAGUCUUUUUUAUUUUCACUGUGAAGGCAGUCUUUUAUUUUCACUGUAGAGGCAGUCUUUUCCUUCUCAUUGUAAAGGCAGUCUUUUUUAUUUUCACUGUAGAGGCAGUCUUUCUUCUCAUUGUAAAGGCAGUCUUUUUCUUCUCAUUGUAAAGGCAGUCUUUUUCUUCUCAUUGUAGAGGCAGUCUUUUCCUUCUCAUUGUAAAGGCAGUCUUUUUUAUUUUCACUGUAGAUGCCGUCUUUUCCUUCUCACUGUAAAGGCAGUCUUUUCCUUCUCGCUGUGAAGGCAGUCUUUUCCUUCUCACUGUGAAGGCAGUCUUUUUUCUUCUCACUGUAGAGGCAGUCUUUUUUCUUUUCACUGUAGAGGCAGUCUUUUUUCUUCUCACUGUAAAGGCAGUCUUGCUAGAGAGAAUGUUCUAUAUUUCUUUUGUUCUUUAAAAAAAAAAUCUUCUGUUUUUCAAAAUAAACACCCGGGUAGCCUUCUCACUAGCAGAGCAGCGUGCGUUUAACACUCAUCAUCUCUCGCUAGUGGGGGUUUGAAGGCUCGGAGGCCUUUGGAUAUAUGUGCAGGAGUGUACUACUGAAUAGGUGUGGUAGGAAGAACAGGAAAAUGUGUCUUUUGAGAUGAUGGUUGGUUGCACCCACAGAACACAUGUGUGUUUUUGUUAGUGUUUGUCCCUGGAACAUAAUUUCAAGUGCAAGCUUUGUUCUUUCAGAGGUGACUUCUAAAAAUCAAGCAGCCAGCGAGUGUUGAAACACAAUGCAAUGGCACAGACACUUUCUAGUCUUUCUAGUCACUUUCUGGUGAUAAUAUUGCUGAUUGAUGACUAAGAUAAUGAUUACGUUGACGAGGCUGAUCUGAUGUUUUCUACUGACUGCUGUCUCUGAAACUCGAGCAUUUUGGGUCGCAGGCGAAACGAGAAACAUUUAUAGUGAUUUUGUUGCCGACGCCAGUUCCAGUAUGCAGCUAAAAAAAUGUGGGCUUCUAAUUUUAUGUUGAUGUAAAGAUACAAAUAAAUAAAAAGUUCUGAAAUGCUCGAUCAAAUCAAUUCUUAUUGUGUCGUGUUAAAAAUUGACUCAGUUUAAAUGUUUGUUUUUUUGGAACGUCUACAAAACGGUCAAUACCGUCCGUUACUGUUGUAUACUGUUCUGUUGAAAUCUGAAUAUUAUGUCUAGUACUGUAGUUAUCCAGAAAACGAAGUAGCAAUCAAGCAAUAAUUUACAGGUAUAUACAGGUAUCUGUAUUUUAUGUUGUGUACUAAUUUCCAGAGUUGUUUUCUCUGACUGUUACAACAGUACUUGCUUAUAUUUGUGUGGUAUGAUUGUCAUUCGUUUCACAUGAGAAAUACAUAAAUAACUAUUCUUAAA